AUGUCAUACCUCGACUCUACAGCCUCGGGGUAUUUCACCCCCGACGACGAUCUACGAGAUCUAGAGGGCGAGGAAGCGUGGAUAUAUCAGGCUGGCGCGAAAGUAACGAGUACGAAUAUGGAAGAUCGCGGAGAGUCUUGGCUCGUUACCCGUGCGUCUUCGCAUAAUCUUGUGGAGAUGGGGGAACAGGCUGCCGCGGCCGAGUUAUCGCCGCAUGAGACGGAGGAGACGAAGGUUGAUGAUGAGGAUGAGGAGGGGAGUGGGUGGGUUAACGAGUAUGUAUCAGCGCAGAACAGCACUGGGGUUCAUGACGUUCAUGUUGUGAAGCCUACGUGGACGGGGACGAGUUGGGUUGAUAGGUUGACGGGAUAUAGUGGGAAUUCCACGGCACAACCGCAGCCUCAGCUAUUGAAAGUGAAGAGCGCACCCGCUGCUUUGGACGAUAGGGAAGGGGAGCUGAAGGAGAAGAAAGGUGAUGGAAAUGAUUGGGUGGUCGAGAUCGCUUGUUGGAUGCUUUCCUUUGUGAGCUUGGAUGAAAGUGAGUCGUUGUGGAUGUGA